GUACCUCACGAACGUCUGGCGUUUACAUGUCGUUUUGAAACUGAAAUAAAUGAUACGCAUUGGAUUGUUUUACUAAUCUUGGCCUUUAUGAUCGUCUGUUUAUGAAAGACUCCUCAAGAUUUACAAUUUUGUCAACACAAGCAGCGACAGCAUUGUGUGAAGAUGAUGCGUUAUUGGGGUGAGCUCCCAGUGGCUUCAGCUUCAUCAGGCCGCAGUUCUUUUGACCUUCUCCAGCGUGAGUUCCGGCAGGUGGAGAUGCAGGACCCUCCUUUACAUCAGCCUUCUGCACAGCGUCCUCGUCCAACCACCAUGCUGGAUAUCCCAUCUGAGCCCUGCAGCCUAACAAUCCAUACGGUGCAGCUGAGCCAGCACGCUCGUCGUCUCCGGGGUCUCAUUGCUGCUGCCCAACAAGGCCAGCAACCCCUGCCCACGUUAUUAGAGGGCCAGAGUGCCUUUAAACCUGAGGAAGGAGAUGCUCUGCCUCCACGACCUCCCACACCCACUGUACCUGAUGAUCUGCUUCCACUAGACAGUAAAGCGCCUCGACUGCCGUUCCAGCUACGCCACAGUGACCCAGAGAGUGAUUUCUACAAAGGUAAAGGUGAGCCAGUCACUGAGCUUAGCUGGCCAUCCUGCCGUCAGCUUCUGUACCAGUCAGUGGCCACAGUGCUCGCUCAUAUUGGAUUCGAGUCAGCCAACGAAAGCGUACUGGAGACUUUAACUGACCUGGUUCAUGAACACUAUCUGCGGCUCACCAAGUUGCUGCGUGUGGCUGUUGACAGGGAGGCCUGCCAGGGCUCUACUGCCUUCCCUGAUGUAUUGGAGCAGGUAUUCCAUGAGUUGGGCAUCGGCAGCAUCCUGGCACUACAGCGUUUCUGGCAAGUCCGUAUCAAAGAUUAUCACAGCUACAUGCUGCAGGUUAGCAAGGAGCUCUCGGAAGAGUAUGAUAUACUUGUGAACCCAGAAAAGGCUCUGGAGGAUUCCAAACCCUUGAAGGUUAAAGAGGAGCCAGUAAGUGACAUCGCGUUUCCUUUGAGCGAGGAGCCAGAAGCAGAUCUGGCCUCAGGAGACCAGGCCUUGCCUAUUGGUGUGUUGGGCACGUCCAGUGAAAGACUGGAGGAAGGACAUUCUCCUCAUGCAUCAGGAGCAGCAGGGAACAGCCCUCCCUUGUGGCAUUUGGCUCAGGUGAAAAUGGAACCUCAGGAUAGCGAGGAGGGCCAGGUUUCAGGUCAUGGGGUUCUGGGUAGCGACGUCUUUGAAGAGGGCCCAAUGUCCACCAUGAGUGAAGCUGGCAUGCCUCCAUCUCCCGGCGGAUCAGAAGGAAGCUACAUGUCCCAUUCCCCGGAUUCUCUUAUAGGCACAUCCCCCUUCGCUCAGCGACCAAAGAAACGAAUUCGAAAAGUUUAGUGGUUCUGCCAUUUAAAGAGUUAGUUCACC